AUGAACCAGAUUCCGUGGCCAACGAUAGGGGUGGUGAUUGCGUGGUACAGUUCCAACAUCGGGGUGCUCCUUCUCAACAAGUACUUGCUCACCAACUAUGGCUUCCGGUUCCCGGUUUUCCUCACCACGUGUCACAUGCUCCUGUGUUCGUUCCUCAGCUACGUUAUUUCCGUCACCGAUAUGGUUCCGUUGCAGACCCUGCGCUCCCAAGCCCAGUUCUGGAAGAUCGUCGCGCUCAGUGUCGUUUUCUCUUUCUCCGUCGUUUGUGGCAAUAUCUCGCUCAGGUUCAUACCGGUGUCGUUUAACCAAGCCAUCGGCGCCACCACCCCAUUCUUCACCGCCGUUUUUGCCUACGCCGUCAGCAGCAAGAGGGAAGCCUGGGUUACGUAUGCCACGCUCUUGCCUGUUGUCACAGGGGUCAUCAUUGCCAGUGGGGGUGAACCAAGUUUUCAUCUGUUUGGAUUUGUAAUCUGUAUUUCAUCGACCGCUGCCAGAGCAUUUAAAUCAGUGCUUCAAGAUAUUUUGUUGUCCUCAGAGGGAGAAAAGUUGAAUUCUAUGAACCUGCUGCUUUACAUGGCUCCUAUAGCAGUGAUGGUCUUACUUCCUGCGACAUUGUUUAUGGAGGGAAAUGUUAUUGGGAUCACAAUAGAACUUGCCAGAAAGGAUACCAGAAUAUUUUGGUUUCUGCUUCUCAGUUCUUCUCUUGCAUAUUUUGUGAACCUCACUAAUUUUUUGGUGACGAAACAUACAAGUGCACUAACUCUUCAGGUUUUGGGAAAUGCAAAGGGGGCAGUUGCUGUGGUGGUCUCAAUUUUGAUAUUCAAAAACCCCAUUUCAAUGAUAGGAAUGCUUGGCUAUGCACUCACUGUCAUUGGAGUUAUAUUGUACAGUGAAACCAAGAAGAGAUAUAGCAAAAAUUAG